AUGCAAAGCCAACGUGAGAACAGUGGUCAUACUUAUAUGCAAUGGAUUGUGGCUUCAAUAGUUAAUAUAGCAACACUGGCCUAUGGCAUGGAAGUAGGCUGGAUUUCCCCAAUGACCAAAAUCCUUCAGUCUGAAUCUUCGCCUAUGGGAUAUCCUUUAUCGGAUAAUAUUAUAUCAUGGGUAGCAAGCGUUCUCUGUAUAGCUGGAAGCUUGGGAGUAAUAAUUUUUUCAUACUUAGCUGACACAAUUGGAAGGAAGUGGGCAAUCAUAGCAUUAUUAGUUCCACAAACGAUGUCUUUGACUUUGAGGUUACUUUCUCCAACUGUAAAGGCUCUCGUAAUUGCCAGAAUACUGGCAGGAAUCACCGGUGGAGGUUGCUUUACUGUAAUCCCAAUGUAUGUCAAAGAACUUAGCCAAGAAAGUCUAACGGGCGUUUUGAUUAUAUCUGUUUUGCCGGUGAUCACUUUAUUACUGCUGUUAAAAGCCCCUGAAUCGCCGGCAUUCUUGGUGAAGCAACAGAAGAUCCAUGAAACAUAUAAAGUUGUAGCAAUGCUUCGAGGUUUAGAAAGCAAUGACAAGAGAGUAGAAAAUGAAGUAGAAAGUAUGCAAAGACAAGAUGUUGAAUUUAAAGCAAUGCCACAAUUGAAUCUUCUAACUAUUAAAGGACGAUGCUUGGCGUAA